UUUUCGUCUUUCUUCUGGUAUUUUUCAUUUUUGCAUGAUGAAUCUAUGAUCUCAAUCUGGAUAUUUGGUUGCAUUUUAAUUCAAAGCUAGCAACUUCGUCCUUCACAUAACAUGAAUCCCAGCACCCAGGGCAUUUGCUUAUUUCAUUUUGACAGUAGCUUCUCUGUUAUGGCGUCAAAAUGUGGACUUGAUAACAUGAUGUGUUCGAGAUACGAUUGUGUGUAAUGCUUCAAUGGAGUCUAAUGCUUCCACGAAGUCUCCUGAUUGUGAAAGAAGAACUCCUAGCAGGAUUGGGGACAGAUCAAACAGUGAUGUUGUGGUGAGGAUACGAACACAGGAUACUCGGGAUGAAUGGUUUUAUUGUCACUCCCACAUCCUCAUAGAAAAGAGCAAGUAUUUCGCUGAUCGCCUAUCUGAUAGUUGGCCAACUUGUCAAAUUCUUGACUCACGCAACUGUGUUGAGGUUUACUGCCAGGAUUCAGAUUUUGACUACCAUGUCAGUGUUCUCCGUCUUCUCUAUGUCAUAGUAGAUGGCUCGGUUGAUGACAUGUGGCAUGGUGUUAAAAAUGCCCUUGGCAUUCUCCAGGUGGCUGUCAAACUUGAAUGUCCCCAAAUCAUCACUGCUUGUGUGAAGUACUUGGAAGCAGUUUCCUGGGAAGAGUCUGAGGAGGAGGAGAUUUUAAAAAUCAUACCGCGCAUGGGCCCACAAGCUGAACCUAUUCUAGCCCGCCUCCAACCAGUCACUCAAUCCGCCGUCAUGGGAAUAUUUUUCUCAACCAUCCGGUUUGCCACAUCUUCCCCUCCUCCAAUCAUGAAUGAUCUCAAGACUUCAGCACAGGAGCAGCUUGAGUACAUGCUAACAGAAGAUGAUGAUUCCCCUCUCUUGGCAGCUGAUGAUGAGAUAAAAACUGAGGUAAAAGAAUGUGCAAAGAGACUCUUUGAAAGAUUUAAUAAUCAGUUAGAAGCUUUGUUAUGCGAAAUGGAAUUAUUUUCUGAUGGGGGAAAGAUACUAUCAUUUCAAUCACUUUUAUCAGAUUUAUCAUGGGCAUGCCAGAUUUUGACUAAGUUAGAAAUUAUGAGAGAUUUUGUCUGCAAUUGGACAGAUGCAUCAGAUAAAAUAGUUAUGGUCAUCAAGCAAGCAAGUCCCACAUCUGAGUUAAUUGAAACGAAGCUGAAGGUUAUCGAAGUUGCAGCAAAGGUUCUCGAGGCAAUUGGUUAUGGCAAUGUGAUUUUGCCAACAGCAAAACGGCUUCAUAUGGUCAAUGUAUGGCUUCCGUUUGUGAGGGUUACAAAACCUCUUAUCGAUUCUGCAGUGGCAACUACUGGUGAUGAUGCGUCAGCAUUUAAAAUGGAUGGUGAACUGUGGCAAUCCUUAGAAUCCACGUUUGUUUCCCUAAUUCUUGCACUGCCAUCCACUGAGCAGGCAGAGAUAUUGACUGAAUGGUUAGGGAAUGAGCAUAUUGAAUAUCCUGACCUGACUGAAGCAUUUGAGGUGUGGUGUUACAGAUCCAAGGUUGCAAAAAGAAGACUAUCAGUGAUAGCUGUGAACCAUGACAAGAUUGAUCCACAUUAAGUAAGUAAUCUCUUCUAUUGAUUUUUUUCAUCUUUAGUAGGAAAUCUAAUUUUUGGACAUCCUUACCCUAAACAAAUAUAUUCGCAAAAUCUAAAUAUGACAAUAUUUAGCUAGUCUUCUUGACAAUAUUAAGCUAAGUAGCCCUGUUUUAAACAGUUCC